CUUCCUGGAGCCUCUGGAGCUCCUCCUGUUAGAAUAUAAAGGUGGGACAGUCCAAAGACUGACAGAAAGCUACACAAGAAACACAGAAGUGAAGAGAAACCUAAACAGAGGUUCAUCUCACAACAAAAAGACUCGAGACUAAACAGAUGAAAGAUGCUUUGCUCUCGUGGAUUCCCGUCUGCCCUCAGUCCAUUCGUGGAUUUCUCCUGGCCUGUGCGCAGUCUGUGGCCAGCGGUCAGACCUCUGUUCUACCAGCAGGAUCUUCUGCAACGAAACCUACAUGAGUUGUGCAACAGUCUGCAGUUGAUGGAAAAAGUUCAGCGACAGAUUCUGGAGGACACAGAGCCUUUCACGAGCAGCAUGGCUCUGCAGCCAGUCUCCUACCAGCUGGACAAAGAGGGAGAGCAUUUUGGCCUAACCCUGGACACUCAAGGCUUUUCUCCAGAAGAGCUGUCAGUCAGACAGGUGGGCAGAAAGCUACAAGUCAGUGGGAAGACAGAGAAGAAACAAGAAGAUGGGAAGGGCUCCUACUCUUACAGACUGCAGGAGUUCAGACAGGACUUUGAUCUGCCUGAAGGGGUGAAGCAUGAAGAUGUGAGCUGCUACCUUUCUCCAGAUGGAAAGCUCCACAUCCAGGCAGCCAAAGUUCCUUGUAUUGAGGCGGCUGAGAGAGAGUUGACUAUCAAGAGGAACUUGGAGGAGGAAACACAGCAGAGUGUUUGUUCACAAUUAGAAGACAGCCAAGCAGAGACACAAAACAGAUCAAAGAACAAACAUUCGACCAUAGACUCACAUAAUUGUUGAUGUGUCCAAAGAUGGUAUUUUAUUUUAUUAAUAAUGGCCUUGUGUGGAUAAAUGGUAGUUUUGUACCUUACUUUAUUUGUAAACUGAAAUAUUUGAAAAAUAAAUGAAUUAUACAGUAAAAAGAGA